CAGCAACACUCAGGGAUCAGGAAGAGUCAGUGACGCAGCAGCACCUGAACAUGAGUGUCUCUGUACUGAGCCUCACCAGACCCCUGGACACUGUGUCUGGGCUCCUGCAGCUGGCCUUUCUGCUAGGCCUGGCUCUGCUGCUGCUCAAGGCAGCACAGCUCUACCAGCGCAGGCAGUGGCUGCUCAAAGCUGUCCAGCAGUUCCCGUCCCCUCCUUCCCACUGGCUCUUCGGGCACAAGCGGGAGUUGCAAAGAGAAGACGAGCUGCAGCUGCUACUGAAAUGGAUAGAGGACUUCCCAUGUGCAUUUGCUCGCUGGAUAUGGGGCACAGAGGCAGAGAUCCUGAUCUAUGACCCUGACUACAUGAAACUGAUCCUGGGGCGAUCUGACCCAAAAUCUGAUGGCUCCUACAAACUCAUGGCUCCCUGGAUAGGGUAUGGUUUGCUCCUGCUGAAUGGACAGACAUGGUUCCAGCACCGGCGGAUGCUGACCCCAGCCUUCCACUAUGACAUCCUGAAGCCCUACGUGAGACUCAUGGCUGACUCUGUCCAAGUGAUGCUGGACAAGUGGGAGGAACUCCUCAGUCAGAACUCACAUCUGGAGAUCUUUGAACACGCCUCCUUGAUGACCUUGGACACCAUUAUGAAGUGUGCCUUCAGCUACCAGGGCAACCACCAGGCAGACAGGAACUCCCAGGCCUACAUUCAGGCCAUUCGAGAUCUGAACAACCUGGUGUUUGCCCGGAUGAGAAAUGUUUUCUACCAGAAAGACAUCUUCUACUGGCUGACCUCUGAAGGCCGCAGGAACCACAAGGCCUGCCAGCUUGCCCAUCAACACAUAGACCGAGUGAUCAAGCUGAGGAAGGUUCACCUACAGGAGGAGGGAGAGCUGGAGAAGGUCAGGAACAAGAGGCACUUGGACUUCCUAGACAUCCUCCUCUUAGCCAAAAUGGAGAAUGGGAGGGGCUUGUCUGACAAGGACCUCCGUGCAGAAGUGGACACAUUCAUGUUUGAGGGGCAUGACACCACAGCCAGUGGCAUCUCCUGGAUCCUCUAUGCUCUGGCCACACACCCCGAGCAUCAGCAGACAUGCCGGGAGGAGAUCCAGAGCCUUCUGAGAGAUGGUGCCUCCAUCACCUGGGAGCACCUGGACCAGAUGCCCUACACCACCAUGUGCAUCAAGGAGGCAUUGCGACUCUAUCCACCAGUUCCAACUGUUGGCAGAGAGCUCAGCAAGCCCAUCACCUUCCCUGAUGGACGUUCCUUGCCUAAAGGAUUCUUAGUCUCGCUCUCCUUUUAUGCCCUUCACCACAACCCGAAUGUGUGGCCAAACCCAGAGGUGUUUGACCCUUCCCGCUUUGCACCAGAUGCCUCUCGACACAGCCAUGCUUUCCUGCCCUUCUCAGGAGGAUCAAGGAACUGCAUCGGGCAGCACUUUGCCAUGAACGAGUUGAAGGUGGCUGUGGCCCUGACCCUGCUCCGCUUUGAGCUGGCACCAGAUCCCUUCAGGAUCCCAGUUCCAACUCCAAGAAUUGUGUUGAUGUCCAAGAAUGGGAUCCACCUGCAUCUCAGGAAGCUCCUCUAACCCUUGUAGGGACAAGGAUGAGCCCCGAGGGUCUCCUGCCUGCCUUUGUGUCUUCCUGUCAGUCUCUUAUGUCUGCUGGCGUCUGCUCACAUCCUGCUUCCCGUCUGCCCACCUGCCAGCCUUCCUGCUCUCCUGCUCUUGCACAUGAGAUAGUGCUUCUGUGUCUCACCCUUUUCCAAGAUUCCUUCUUGUUUGUCUGUUACCAUUCUCCUACCGAGGUGUCACUCUGACAGUUGAUGCAAGUUGUGAUUUCUUGCUUGUCCUACAGGCUGUCUGUUGUUUCCCUGUCAUUGUUCCUUGCUGCCUACUUGUCUGUUCCUAUAAUGUUUUCUCUUGCUGCUUUACCAAGUUAUACAAACUUAGUUCCUUCUAAGAGCACUAAUUGAUAAUCUUGUGUUUUAGGAGAUCAGAAAUCUGAAAUGAGUCUCACUGGGUAGCAAUGAAGGCAUGUCGAUGCUCUAAUGGAUAAUGUCUUCUCUUGCAUUUUCUACCUUCUCAGAAUCCACUCUUAGGGCUAUUAAUGAGGGGACUAAGCGUCCUCAUUUAUCAUAGAAAUACACUUUUCUUCAAUUCAACUGAGUCAGAUGUUAACCAUAACUAUCAAAUUUUUAGUGUAACAUCUAGACUUGUUUAAUUAAACAAGGGUACUCCAGCCAAUCCAAGUGCACCCGGAAAGCAAGACAUGUCAGUCCACAUUUGUCCACUUGGCAUUCACACAUUCCCUUACACCAUACUUCGUCCCUAACUAAGUAAAAUAAAGUCAUGCUUCUACCAA